AUGAGCGAAUCAAAAGAAACCGAUAACAAUCUCAAUGGGCAGUCUACUGGUCCAGUAGCGGUGGCCGAGCCGACAAAAAAGGAUGAAGCGAAGAAAGAAGACUCGAAAAAGGUGGAAGAGGAGCAGAUGAAGACUGCAAAGUCGGAGAGUCUUUCGAAGAGAAAGGCGAAACGAGCCAAGCAGCUUUCGGGGAGAAGUAACACGAGCAGCAAGAAAACUCGUUCUCGUCUCUCGAUCCGCCGUACUUUGCGUGACGAUCCGGAGAAGGAGAUGAAGGCCACUCUCCUAACCUUCCAAGCCGUCAAAAACAAGCCGGAGCAAGCGAGAGUCCAACUUCUUCUCUGCAACAUCUCCGACCGCGACAUCUUCGUGAAACUCCGUUGCAGUGCCGCUUCCAACGUCACCGCACUCCCGGCAGGCUCCGGACACAUCUCUCCGAAAUCGCAAAUGCGUAUCCUUCUCAGUUGGAAGAUGCCGGAAGGAUUCACUCAAUGGAAGGAUCUGCGUAUGCCGAAGCUUCUGCUGACCACUUAUUUCAUGCAGUCGGGGGAGAAAUCUGCGGAUGAGGCGCCGACUAACACUCGUCUUAUGGCUCGUGUCAGCACUUCGAAGCAAUGUGAUCCGGAUAGUCCACCUAUUGAGCAACUGCUUCUGGAUGCGGUUGGAAAGGAUUUAGGUGUUACUCCAGCACCAACAACCAGCCCGAACACUGCCGUCCCUGCAACAACGACACCAACCGAGCAGACACCAGUAUUGAAAACUGUGAAAAAGGAUGAGACUGGAGAGGAGGAAGUGGACAAUUUGAGAUGGAUUAUUAUUGUACUCAUCAUGGUGAUUGUCUUGCUUUUGCUUCAGAAAUGA